UUCAAAUUCAGUCUCUUACGACCACAGCUAGUGAAUAAUAUUUGUAGCAAAAAUACAUUCGCCAUCACCAAUUGGCUUUGUUCGCUGCUACCAACAACAAACAUUCAAGUGAAUACUCAAAACAACAACCACAACAAACAGGAAACUAUUUGGUUAGUGUGCGUGUCACUUUAAUUUCUCGUCUACAACAAACAAACAAACAAAAUGGCACAAAACGUCGUACAAAUGACCACCGAACAACUUCAGGCACUAAUCGAGUCGGUACGUUUGGCCGCCGUGGCAGGCGCCAGUAGUGCCGCUCCGGCUACCAUCCAAACCAAGGGCAACUUCACCAACUGUAGCAGCCGGUUUGGAGGUCAGCGCGACCAUGAGGCUGUCGAGGAGUUCAUCACCUCCAUUGCUACCUACAAAGAAAUCGAGUCGAUCAGCGAUGAAGAUGCGCUUAAGGGGCUAUCUUUACUGUUCUACGGUCUGGCGUCCACUUGGUGGCAAGGCGUGCGCAAAGAAGCGAAAACCUGGGGAGAUGCCAUUGCGUUGAUUCGCGAUCACUUCUCGCCCACCAAACCCGCCUACCAGAUUUACUUGGAGAUCUUUGAAAACAAACAAGACGACCGCGCUGCCAUUGAUACGUUCAUCUGUCAGAAGCGCGCUUUACUUGCUCAACUGCCAGAGGGACGUCACGACGAGGAAACCGAGUUGGAUUUGGUCUAUGGUCUGCUGAACAUCAAGUAUCGUAAGAAUAUUCUACGCCAAGACAUUAAGACCUUCCGCGAAUUACUUGAAAAGGGCCGUAUUAUCGAACACAAUGACUUGCAAUCAGAGGAAGUUCAAACUGGUCCAAUGCGUGGUUCCAAACGUACCAAACGCUGUACCCAUUGUAACUUCCGAGGUCACACUUUCGAAGAGUGUCGAAAGCGCAAAACUGCGACUGAUCAAUAAAUACAACCAACAUCGCACUGCGUCACCUUCCUAACCAGACAUUCCUCGAACCACUUACGAUGACUACCACACACACACACACAACACCAACCAAUGGAAACUGACAUCAUCACUUAGCGACGUCACAAUCCGAGCAGCUUACGCCGGUACCGUAUUACUGAAGCAGAACUUUCGCUCUCACCAACGAAGCAGAGAAGCAGCGUCCAGCUUUGGUGAUUUGGUUAAUAGCGGCAACAGCAGCAACAAAACUAUUUAGACUUAGUAUAAGUAUAUAAAUUCACAUAUACACACAUAGAAAUAAUUAUUGUGAGUUUGAGUUGUUCUUUGCCCCUACAAAACUAUUGGAAAUUUUACGUGGUAGGACAAAGUUUUCUAUACACUUUAGCGGUGCUUUGAUUGCUUUGUCUUAAAUGCGUUAUUAUUUCCAAUAGAGGUGUACGGAGUGGAGGCAUCUUGGGUGCACAAACGUCUUUCAUCCAACCGCAAACGCGAGUUCACGCUGUGUCAAACACGGCUCCAGAUGGCUAUGAACGCCAGCAAUGGAGUUCCUUCAUUGCCGAAAACAAUAUUUCUUCAACCCGUGAAGAUAAUUGAAAUCAGAUUUUAAACAAAACGAAUUAUUGUAAUUCGAGUCACAAUUCGAACCAGCCAUACUUCAAAAAUAUUGGUGACAAUUUGCUUCAUCUCACAUUUCGUGCAAUGAUCAAGUUUUUUUUUUUCAAUGGAAAGUUGUAGUGAUCUCAUUCUAUAGUAGCCAUGAGGUUAGAGACUUGUGAGCAUAUCAUAGUAACUGGAAUCUCUGCGGAUAUUCCAGUGGCUCAAUAUGAAUCUACAAGUCUCACCUUUGGUAUACAAUAGAAAGUGGUCAUUAAUUUUCGAUUGAAGAAAAAAGUUUGAUUUAUUGUGUGAGUUGUUGAGGUCCGAAGCAGAUUGUUCCCUUUAUGAAGAUGACUGAGGAGAUGAGUGCUCGAAACACCGCUGCAUUUGCCUGCUGGUGACAGUGGUUCAAUUGUCAUUCAGUGAGAAUUGGACUGGCACAUCUUUGUGUUUGUUGCAAAUUGAGAUAUGCAUGCUGACGUCUGUAAGCAUUUGGAUCGAGGCUUCGGCGUCGUUCCUCUUGUUUGACCACCUCAGUUUGGGUAAAUCAGUUGCUGCAAAUGCAAAGCUGCACCCAGUGGAUUCCUACCAUGACGAUGACUUUUGGACAAUGUUACCCAAUCUCAAAUGUGGCACAACCUCCGUUGCAUAUAGAAGUGCUGCUUGACAUUUUGUGUGUUGCAUUUGGACAGCUUGGCGAUAUGGUCCGCAUUGCAGAGUUGGCGAACCAUUCGGAGACUUCUUGCGCUGCGAUGGGUGUCUCUUCGGAGACAUGCAUUGCGUGUGAGUGGCAUCUGGUGGAUUCAACAACUCUGUUCUGUUCUCAUAUAGCUGAAGUACUAAUGCUUUUCGCAACAUGUGGGCAGUAACUCUACGUGUGGCAAACCCAAAAAUCGCCUUCGGGUGAUUUUUAAACUUUUAAAUGUACUUACAUUUUUGUAAUUAUUGGAAAAAUUGUACAACGAUGGCUACAACAUCGCCAUUCGUACAAUUGGCACGCCAAAUUGGCGAUCUGCGGGAUGUGCAAACUUCUCUGUAGCGCCAAGCGUAUGGCACGCCAACUGAUAUGCACUCAUGCAUUCACUCAGCCCUACAGCUUAGAUUCGUCGCUCAUUUCGCCUCCGGAAAUGUUCCGAUAGUCUUGGCUCUCUCAAAGAGACACAGAAAUUUCUCAUUUUGCAGUGUUCAGUUUAUUCGGAUUAUUCACUAGUGUGAGCUACCCACCGUCCAUUUACCGAGAGCAUCAAACUCUGGAGGAACUGGUCCGUAUUUCGGUUCAAAUGCGGUUGGUAGUUUCACCAGCUAAAGGUUUAGCGAAGACACUGCAUUGUGAGCAUAGAAAAAUUAAGUUCAAAUCUCAGAUUUGGUUUUUAAGUCAAGUCACUGUUAGAUAUUUACCUAAUUCUUUGUUACUAGUAAUAAGAAAACAAGUAAACAGAAAAGAGGUACAAAAAAAAAAAAUAAAAAACAAAUUGACAAAAAAAAAUCAAUGACGAAAAAAAUAAUAAUAACGAAACAGAUGGGCGAAGUUGCCUACAACUAAA